AUGCCUUCGGGCACGGGAAAGACGGUUUCGCUACUGUCUCUAAUCGUCGCUUAUCAACAAUCUAUGCCGGAGAAGCGCAAGCUCAUCUACUGCUCUCGUACCAUGUCCGAAAUCGAAAAGGCGCUGAUGGAGUUGGAGGCUUUGAUGAAGUACCGCACUGAACAGUUGGGACAUGAAGAAGACUUUCGUGGUCUUGGUCUAACGAGCCGAAAGAACUUGUGUCUUCACCCUUCUGUCAAGCGUGAAAAGAGCGGGUCCGUUGUUGACGCUCGAUGUCGAAGCUUGACAGCAGGCUUUGUCAAGGAGAAGAAGGAACGCGGCGAAAACGUGGACCUGUGCGUCUAUCAUGACAAUCUCGAUCUGCUCGAAUCCCACAACCUUAUUCCGAAUGGUGUUUGGACUUUUGACGGCAUUUUGCGCUACGGGGAGGAGCACAAACAGUGCCCGUACUUCACCGCGCGUCGCAUGAUGCAAUACUGCAACGUUGUCAUAUUCUCCUACCAUUACCUCUUAGACCCCAAGAUCGCAGAACGUGUCACCAAAGACUUUUCCAAGGACUGCAUUGUCGUGUUCGAUGAAGCACAUAACAUCGACAAUGUAUGUAUCGAGUCACUGAGUACUGAUAUCACGGAAGAUUCAUUACGACGUGCGACACGGGGGGCUCAAAAUCUCAAGCAAAAAAUUGCAGACAUGCGCGAAACGGAUCAAGAGCAGUUGCAAAAUGAAUAUGAAAAGCUGGUUCAGGGCCUCAGAGAGGCCGAUGAAGCUAGGCAGGAGGAUGCCUUUAUGGCAAACCCAGUGCUUCCUGAGGAACUCUUGAGAGAAGCCGUCCCAGGAAAUAUUCGCAGAGCAGAACACUUCGUGUCAUUCUUGCAGCGAUUCAUCGAAUAUCUGAAGGCAGGCGCCCCUGUCAUCUCAGAGACGCCCCCGUCCUUUCUUGCGCACCUGAAAGAGCACACAUUUAUCGAAAAGAAGCCUUUGGGUUUCUGUGCAGAGCGUUUAACUUCACUCGUCAGAACACUGGAGCUCACCAAUAUCGAUGACUAUCAACCUCUACAAGAGGUCGCGACAUUCGCCACACUUGUUGCCACCUACGAUAAGGGCUUCUUAUUGAUCUUGGAGCCAUACGAAUCAGAUACAGCCGAAGUCCCCAAUCCGAUCCUCCACUUCACUUGCCUGGAUGCGGCAAUCGCCAUUCGGCCAGUCUUCGAUCGUUUUUACUCCGUCAUCAUCACCUCUGGAACCAUCUCGCCUCUGGAGAUGUAUCCAAAAAUGCUCGAUUUCUCAACUGUUAUCCAAGAAUCCUACAGUAUGACUCUUGCCCGCCGCUCCUUCUUGCCAAUGAUUGUGACGAGAGGAAGCGAUCAAGCUUCCAUUUCAACCAGCUUUCAAGUUCGCAAUGAGCCCAGUGUAGUGCGGAAUUACGGAAACUUGCUGACAGAGUUCGCCAAGAUUACACCAGAUGGCUUGGUUGUCUUUUUCCCUUCAUAUCUAUACAUGGAAUCCAUCAUUAGUAUGUGGCAGGGAAUGGGCAUUCUUGACGAGGUAUGGAAAUACAAAUUGAUCUUGGUUGAGACGCCCGACGCACAAGAGACGUCCUUGGCUUUGGAGACUUACCGAACAGCUUGCUGCAACGGUCGCGGCGCCAUUCUGCUCUGUGUCGCUCGUGGCAAAGUAUCAGAAGGUAUCGAUUUUGAUCAUCAAUACGGUCGCACAGUUUUGUGUAUUGGGGUACCUUUUCAGUACACGGAAUCGCGAAUCCUCAAGGCAAGGCUGGAAUUUUUGCGAGAGACAUACCGCAUCAAAGAGAACGAUUUCUUAUCCUUUGAUGCCAUGCGGCAUGCUGCUCAGUGCCUAGGACGCGUCCUGCGAGGCAAGGACGACUACGGAAUCAUGGUCCUCGCCGACAGACGGUUCCAGAAGAAGCGACCACAACUGCCGAAGUGGAUCAAUCAGGGCUUGAUGGAUGUCGAUGUCAAUCUGAGCACGGACAUGGCUGUAAGCAGCGCCCGGCGCUUCUUGAAGACAAUGGCACAGCCCUUCCGCGCUAAGGAGCAAGAAGGCAUCAGUACCUGGGGCUACGAGGAUCUAGAGCGCAAGGCCGCACUGGAUCGCGAAGAGGCGCGCAAGGCGGAAGAGGCGGCGGCAGUUAAGGCGGCGCAAAUGGCGGCUAUGCAAGACAAUAACAAGGACUACGAAUUCGACGACGACGAUUUGGAUCAAGACUUGAUGGAGCUCGAGAAUUUCUAG